GCAAAACGCGUUUGUUAAUGUAAUGCUUUUGCUUUUUCAGUCUUGUCAUAAAAUCCUCACCUCACCUCUAUUACUCUCAUCAAAUCAUAUCCCACCAUGAAAUUUUCGAAUUCUUCUUCUUAUGGCUAACUCCUCCUUCUGCCUCCUCCUCUUCAUUCUCUUCUGCUUCCUCUCUUCUCUUACUAUCAUAAAUACACUUUCAACUGUUUCCAUCUCCGAGACUUCCAACCGAACAUUUAUUUGUGCCUUACAGAAUCCCAACCGACAAGUACAAGGACAAUCUAACCUUAACUGUACAAGCUUUCCACCUGGAAUCUCUCUUCAACUGAAUCGUAACCUCUCAUAUGCUGAAAUUGCUGGUGGCAGUGGAUUCCUAUGUGCAUUGAGGACACCAUCUUCUUCUAACUCCAUCAUGGGUUGUUGGAGAUUCUCUGCCAAUGCUACCAAUGUUCCUUUCAAGCGUGUCUACCAUGGACCUGUAAUUCAAAACAUGGAUGCCGGAAACUCCCAUGUUUGUGGCCUUGUAACUCAGAACAAUAAUAGCCUUAAGUGCUGGCAAUGGCCUCGCUUCGAUUCAAGCAAGGUCACCAACUUGUCAAGUAUUGCUGUGGGAGAGAAUUUUGUCUGCGGCUUAUCGGAGUCAUCAGGCAAGGUUACUUGCAGUGGUGGUGAUACCGGAGUUGUUGGUAAGGAGCCUGGUGGCGCGCACUCUGCCAUUGCAGCCGGGUUUAGGCAUGCUUGUGCCAUCUCCAUUGAUGGAAGCUUGGAUUGCUGGGGUGACGUGGAUCAGAAACCGCAGGGUAAGUUUGUUGAUUUGGCCUUGGGAGAGAACCGAAGUUGUGCACUUAGAGAUAAUAGAACUGUUGCUUGUUGGGGACAGAAUAAUUUCAGGAUUCCAAAGAGAUUUGAAGGGACUUUCUUUGUGGCAAUUGUGGCAAAACGAAGUGUUUUCUGUGGAAUUGUGUAUUCUAAUUUUAGCUUGGUAUGUUGGGGUGCUAAGUUUUUUGAUACAAAUGCUGAGGUGUUUGAAAAUGUCCUCCCUGGACCUUGUAGGAGUAACUGCCCAUGCGGAAUCUUACUAGGCUCUGCCACACUAUGCUCUUCAGGAAUGUCAAUUUGUACAUCUUGUUCCCCAAGAAAUAAGACUGGUUCGCCCUCGCCAUCGCCACCACCCACAAGUAGUCCGACCGGGACUACAAAAAGUAGUGGAUGGAGCAAGAAGAUGGUUGCAUUCUUGGUGGUUGGAUGUGUUGGUUGCAGUUCCCUGCUGCUAGUGUUUUGUUUCUUCAUUUACUGGCACUGCAAGGGUAAAGGAGGCCGCGUCCACGACUCUGGGCGAUUGGAUGAAUCAGGGACUGGGAGCGCCUCGCCAAGCCACCCGGAAGGUGGAGGCGGCCGUGGAGUUCUAGAGAAGCGUUUAAGCCACGUGAUCAGCUUGGGAAACGGGAGCCAUUUGGAGGAAUACAGCCUUCAAGUGCUUCUUGAAGCGACCAACAAUUUCUCAGAGGACAAGAAAAUAGGGACAGGUAGCUUUGGGUCUGUAUACCAUGCCACACUGCAAGAAGGCAAGGAAGUCGCCAUAAAAAGAGCCGAAAACUCUCCCCAUUCGCCCUCCAAUGCCACCAGAAGGCAGGAAGACAAGGACAGUGCAUUUGUGAACGAGCUAGAGAGCCUCUCUAGGCUCCACCACAAGAAUCUGGUGAGGCUAUUGGGGUUCUAUGAGGACGCCAACGAGCGCAUAUUGGUUUACGAGUACAUGAACAAUGGAAGCUUAAACGAGCAUCUCCACAAGCUUCAUACUUCAGCAUUAAUGUCUUGGGCCGUGCGCAUCAAAGUAGCACUUGAUGCAGCAAGAGGCAUAGAGUACCUUCACCAAUACGCAACCCCACCAAUCAUUCACCGCGACAUAAAAUCAUCAAACAUACUGUUAGACUCAAAGUGGACUGCCAAAGUUUCUGAUUUUGGACUCUCACUCAUGGGUCCGGAAGACGAAGAGUCGCAUCUUUCGCUCCUCGCGGCCGGAACGGUUGGUUACAUGGACCCUGAAUACUACAGGCUUCAAAUGCUAACUACAAAGAGCGAUGUCUACAGUUUCGGAGUAGUGCUGCUGGAAAUUCUGUCUGGCCACAAGGCCAUACAUAAAAAUGAGAAUGGAGUCCCAAGAAACGUGGUGGAUUUCAUGGUGCCAUAUAUUAAUCAAGAUGAGCUUCACAGGGUGCUGGACCCAAGAGUGCCGCCGCCAACGCCCUACGAGAUAGAGGCGGUGGCGUACGUUGGUUAUUUGGCAGCAGAUUGUGUGAGGCUGGAGGGCAGAGAUCGUCCAACAAUGACCGAAGUUGCAAAUUACUUGGAAAAAGCAUUGGCUGUGUGUUUGGCGAAACCAUCCAUGUCAAGAUCGACAACCAACACUUCUGAUGAAUGAAGAACCAGUCCCUUUCUUCUUGUAGAUUCCAUCUCUCUUUCCUUCACUCAUUUUUUCUUGUUAAUACAUUUUUUUAGACCUGUUUCGUUGUCACACCAUGAGACAACAAUUAUACGCGGUCCAAUUUUGUUUUUUUGUGUUUUGAAUUAGUCAGGGCCGUAGAUGCCUAUGUAUUUAUUUUUAUGUAUUAUACAUUGAUGGUUGCUGAACCAACCAUGAAGGAAAAAAUCAUAUUGAUAAUAAUAAAAUAUAAGAA